AUGAAGUACACCAUCGCUACAGUCUUGCUUGCGACUGCUCUUAUAGUCACUACAUUUGGCCAGAAUUUAACUAUAAAUGUGGGUGAGGGUGGUCUGAAGUUCAAUCCGGCUGCUAUUACGGCCGCCCCUGGCUCUAUCAUAACCUUCGCAUGGAUUAAUACCAUUCAGCACAGUGUAGUUCAAAGUGCUAGUGCCGAUUCCUGCACUCCAGCCGCUGGUGGAUUCAAUACGCAAAUGAAAGCUGGUGAAUCGUGGACGUUUACCGUCCCGGCCGACAAGCCCAAGAUAUGGUUUUACUGCAAUGUCAGUACUCACUGUCAGCAAGGAAUGAAAGGUGUUCUCACUGUUUCAGGUGUUCCUGAUCCCAAUCCUUCUACAAGCCCAGGCAAUCCUUCUACAAGCCCAGGCGAUCCUCCUCCUAACGGGCUUUCUCCUGCAAAGAUUGCUGGAAUUACAGUUGCUAGCAUAGUAUUACUAGUUGGCAUAGUUCUGGGAUCACUGGUUUAUAAGAAGUCGCAAAAUGGCGGAAAUGGAAAUGAUGGAGGAAAUGCUCGAGGUGGCGGUGAUAUUGAGUUAUUAACUAUGUCUUCGUCAUCAAUCGUAAUGCCCUCAUUUCAGUAUCCUGAUCCGUCUCCACAUGCUGAGUCAUCGGCACCUUUCAGCGAAAUGACAUUUUCAUCACGUACAACGGGUGAAUCCAUCACAUCAUCUUUGGCAACCUCUACUGACGAUUCCAAGAUGACAGUCACACUUCCAGCCCCAGCCUCAAGGAGCACUGUUUUAUCUAACAGAAACAGGCAUAACAGGUUAACAGGAUACCGGAGCGGCAACAUUAUUUGUCAUGCUGAGGAUAAGGCCACGAGUGAAGAUGCAAAAGUGAAGGACCUAUCUGAUUACGAUCAGUUUGGGUGGAAGUAUACUAGAAUGAGUCUGGAUAGAUACCUUGCAUCCACGAGAAAAUUAGGGUCCACCAAGAGAAUUCUUACUCGUCUUCCGGAUUGUCGUCCCCUACUGAAUAUCUUAAGCACGUAUUUAAUAAUAGAACAACUGAAAUCAUCCAAGGUUGCUGAAAAUUAUAGAAACAGUUCGGAAAUAAUCAUGAAGUGCGCACAGGCCCCCCCAUUGCUUGCAUGA